GCACGUUGUUCUUAAUGAUGCUAUUCUGACAUCCUACUAGAUGCAGGAUAAGAAAACAGGCCACACUUUAAAGGUACGAGGAUGUCGUCCAGGAAAGAUUGUGCAGAUGACUGAAGCAGAAGUUCGGGGCUUAUGUAUCAAGUCUCGGGAGAUCUUUCUCAGCCAGCCUAUUCUUUUGGAAUUGGAAGCACCGCUGAAAAUUUGUGGAGAUAUUCAUGGACAAUAUACGGAUUUACUGAGAUUAUUUGAAUAUGGAGGUUUCCCACCAGAAGCCAACUAUCUUUUCUUAGGAGAUUAUGUGGACAGAGGAAAGCAGUCUUUGGAAACCAUUUGUUUGCUAUUGGCUUAUAAAAUCAAAUAUCCAGAGAACUUCUUUCUCUUAAGAGGAAACCAUGAGUGUGCUAGCAUCAAUCGCAUUUAUGGAUUCUAUGAUGAGUGCAAACGAAGAUUUAAUAUUAAAUUGUGGAAGACCUUCACUGAUUGUUUUAACUGUCUGCCUAUAGCAGCCAUUGUGGAUGAGAAGAUCUUCUGUUGUCAUGGAGGAUUGUCACCAGACCUGCAAUCUAUGGAGCAGAUUCGGAGAAUUAUGAGACCUACUGAUGUCCCUGAUACAGGUUUGCUCUGUGAUCUGCUAUGGUCUGAUCCAGAUAAGGAUGUGCAAGGCUGGGGAGAAAAUGAUCGUGGUGUUUCCUUUACUUUUGGAGCUGAUGUAGUCAGUAAAUUUCUGAAUCGUCAUGAUUUAGAUUUGAUUUGUCGAGCUCAUCAGGUGGUGGAAGAUGGAUAUGAAUUUUUUGCUAAACGACAGUUGGUAACCUUAUUUUCAGCCCCAAAUUACUGUGGCGAGUUUGAUAAUGCUGGUGGAAUGAUGAGUGUGGAUGAAACUUUGAUGUGUUCAUUUCAGAUAUUGAAACCAUCUGAAAAGAAAGCUAAGUACCAGUAUGGUGGACUGAAUUCUGGACGUCCUGUCACUCCACCUCGAACAGCUAAUCCACCGAAGAAAAGGUGAAGAAAGGAAUUCUGUAAAGAAACCGUCAGAUUUGUUAAGGACAUCUUCAUAAUAUAUAAGUGUGCACUGUAAAACCAUCCAGCCAUUUGACACCCUUUAUGAUGUCACACCUUUAACUUAAGGAGACGGGUAAAGGAUCUUAAAUUUUUUUCUAAUAGAAAGAUGUGCUACACUGUAUUGUAAUAAGUAUACUCUGUUAUAGUCAACAAAGUUAAAUCCAAAUUCAAAAUUAUCCAUUAAAGUUACAUCUUCAUGUAUCACAAUUUUUAAAGUUGAAGAGCAUCCCAGUUAAACUAGAUGUGAUAGUUAAACCAGAUGAAAGCAUGAUGAUCCAUCUGUGUAAUGUGGUUUUAGUGUUGCUUGGUUGUUUAAUUAUUUUGAGCUUGUUUUGUUUUUGUUUGUUUGUUUUCGCUAGAAUAAUGGCAAAUACUUCUAAUUUUUUUCCCUAAACAUUUUUAAAAGUGAAAUAUGGGAAGAGCUUUACAGACAUUCACCAACUAUUAUUUUCCCUUGCUUAUCUACUUAGAUAUCUGUUUAAUCUUACUAAGAAAACUUACGCCUCAUUACAUUAAAAAGGUAUUUUAGAGAUUGAUUGUUUUAAAAAA